GCGGGCGCGGGCGCGGGGAGAGGGGCUUGGCCGGAACCCACCGAGGGGCAGGGGAGUCACAGCCCAGCGCGGGUCCAUUGCCGGGCGCCCAGUGCCGGGGAGCAGCCUAUUGGGAUCGCGUCUGUCAGCGCCUGCUGGGGGCUUCUGAGAACUUCAAUCACAGCACAAGUGUUAAAAGGAACCACUGGCAACAGUUACUUGCUCUUGUCAUAAUGUGGACUUUUCUGGGCAUCGCCUCCUUCAUCUAUGUGUAUAAGAAAUGUGGAGACUUGAUGACUUAUGUCAACAAAGAGGUGCUGCUGACUAUGUUGGUGUUUUUCUCUCUUGGUUUGUUCCUGUCUUAUCGGUAUCGUUCUGGGUGGCUAAAACAACAACAGUGGGGGCAGCAGAAACAGUCCCACUUUGGGAUGCUCUGUAGUGCUCUCUCAGCUUUGCCACUCAUUGGUUUUUUCUGGGCCAAAUCCACCCCUGGAUCUCCACAGGCAGAGCAAACCAAAUCCAGAAAGGGUAAAAGAGGGGUAAACUCAAACACUGUGACAGAGACUGCUACAAAUACAAUAUUAGCUCCCCGGUCUGAUCCAGAGGUUAUCAUCGUGGGUUCAGGUGUACUUGGUUCUGCUUUGGCUGCAGUGCUGUCACGGGACGGAAGAAAUGUGACAGUAAUAGAGAGGGAUCUGAAGGAACCUGACAGGAUAGUUGGAGAAUUGUUACAACCUGGAGGAUAUAAUGCUCUUAAGGAACUGGGUCUUGAAGAUUCAGUGGAAGGUCUUGAUGCUCACAUAGUAAAUGGUUACAUCAUUCAUAAUCUAGAGAGCAAGUCAGAGGUUGAAAUUCCUUAUCCAAACUCUGCAGAUGGUCUGGUGCAGAGUGGAAGAGCAUUUCAUCAUGGGCGCUUCAUCAUGGGUCUCCGAAGGGCAGCCAUGGCAGAACCCAACACAAAAUUCAUUGAAGGGACUGUGUUACAACUGCUCGAGGAAGAUGACUGUGUGGUGGGUGUUCAGUAUAAGGAUAAAGAAACUGGAGAUAUUAAGGAAUUACAUGCGCCUCUGACUGUUGUUGCUGAUGGACUCUUCUCCAAGUUUAGGAAAAAUUUGAUCUCCAACAAAGUUUCUGUUUCAUCCCAUUUUGUUGGCUGCAUUUUGAAAGACUCACCACAGUUUAAAGCCAAUCAUGCUGAACUUGUUUUAGCUAAUCCUAGUCCAGUCCUUAUCUAUCAGAUUUCUUCAAAUGAGACUCGAGUACUUGUUGAUAUUCGAGGAGAAAUGCCAAAAAACAUCAAAGAAUACAUGACUGAGAAAAUUUAUCCACAACUACCUGAGCACCUAAAGGAACCAUUCCUAAUAGCAGUUCAAAAUGAUCGUUUGAGGACCAUGCCUGCAAGCUUCCUACCUCCAUCACCUGUUAACAAACAAGGUGUUCUUCUUUUGGGAGAUGCAUAUAAUAUGAGGCACCCUCUGACAGGUGGAGGAAUGAGUGUUGUUUUGAAUGAUAUUAAAAUAUGGAGAUGCUUGCUCCAGGAUAUUCCAGAUCUUUAUGAGGAUUCUGCUAUUCUUCAGGCAAAAAAGACAUUUUACUGGUCAAGAAAAAAGUCUCAUUCUUUUGUAGUGAAUGUUCUUGCUCAGGCCCUUUAUGAACUGUUUGCUGCCAGAGAUGAUUCCUUGCAUCAACUAAGGCAAGCAUGUUUCCAUUACUUCAAACUUGGGGGAGAGUGUGUCUCGGGUCCAGUUGGAUUGCUAUCUGUCUUAUCUCCUAAACCAAUGGUACUGAUUGGCCACUUCUUUGCCGUUGCGCUAUAUGCUGUUUAUUUUUGCUUUAAAUCAGAGUCCUGGGUCAUGAAGCCACGAGCGUUUUUCAGUAGCGGUGCUGUACUUUACCGAGCUUGCUCUGUAAUAUUUCCACUUAUUUACUCUGAAAUGAAGUAUAUAGUCUAUUAAAUAUUAGAGGGAAAUGAAUGGAGGAAGAAUAUGUGAAACUCACCAAGCCUUUACAGUCUUUUGGACAAGUACUGUUCAACACUGUAUUAUGUUCAUCUCUGUUUAAAGUGCAAACCCCUGUUCAGGAUUUGACUUAAUUUUUAUUCUUGUGGGUAUAUGUACAUAUGUAAAUAUAUGUUCCUUUACCAUGGAAAUUUUAAAAUGACUUAACUGUUUACAAGGACCAUAAUUAACUGUUAACAUAUGGUAGAAAAAUGCCACUUCUGGCAAAGGACGAUUUCCUCACUUUAUCCAUUGCAUACAAUGUACCAAUAAUGUUGAUGAUGUUAAUAAAAUGCAGAGUGAACUGUUUAAGUCAUUUGCUGCUGCAUCCUUCAAUGUUUCCAUGGAUUGUUUGUUUUCUUUAUUACUGUGAAAUAUUGUAAGAAAUUUUUCAUUUAUUUCAUUAAAAGUCUUUGCCUCUA